AUGACUGAAUUAGAUCAGGCUGAGCUUGAUCUACUAGGAGAAGGUCCGGCUGCUACUGAUGGGGACCAUUUGGAUGAGCACGCUCUUCUUGACCAGUGAGU